GGGCGUUAUAUUAUUUUAAAAGCUUGCAUCCAAGAUAAAGACUAUGUGCUGAUUAAUGUUUAUGCGCCGAACAAAGAUAAAGACCAAGUGAAUUUUUUCAAUAACCUACUUUCAAUUUUGCAAAAUGAAAAUCUGGAUUCUUUGGAUAACAUCAUACUAGGAGGAGAUCUAAAUUGUCCACUCGAUCCAUUACUCGACAAAAAAGGCGGAGCAAGUACAAAAAGGAAGUCAGUUAUCUCUUGUGUCGAAGAUUUCAAAAGUAAAUUAGAUUUAGUGGAUAUCUGGAGAUCCAAAAAUCCAGAGGCAAAAAGUUUUACGUGGAGUCAAAAAUCUCCCCCAGUGUUUUGUCGUCUCGAUUACUGGUUGAUAUCUAACAACCUGAGCGAUUUUGUUGAAUUGACCGAAAUAAUCCCGGCUGUACGAACAGAUCAUGAUGCAAUUUCUUUAGAACUCGGAAAGCUAGAGGGCGAAUUGAAAGGGCCAGGAAACUGGAAAAUGAACUGCUCUCUGUUAGAUGAUGAAGAUUACGAAGAAGAUAUAGCCAGGAUCAUUCCACUUUGGGUAGCGGAAGGACAGAAAGAAUUUACAGAUAAUCGAAUGAUAUGGGAUUGGAUUAAAUAUAACAUAAGAGCUCAUGCUAUUCAAUACUCUAAAAGAAAGGCAAAAGAAAGGGGGAAAAAGGAACUUGACCUUCAGGAGGAAUUAACUAAAGCAAAAAGUAAACUUGAAAAUAAUCCAAACGACCAUAACAAAACCUAUUAUAACGUAGUUCAGGAGAAGUUGGAGUCAUUUUACGAAGAAAAAACCAAAGGCGUAAUAAUACGAGCACGUGCUAGAUGGCAUGAACAUGGAGAGAAAAGCACAAAAUAUUUUUUAAACUUAGAAAAAGGAACCACGUUAAGAAGCAUAUAAGAAAAACUGUGCAUAAAUGGUAAAAUUACAACGGAUCCGCACUGUAUACUAAAAGGACAAGAGCGUUUUUACAGAGAAUUGUACAAAAGCAGCAUUAAGAGUCCCAAUACAGGAGAGAAAAUAUCUUCAUUUUUGAACGAUGUGAAUAUUCCCCAACUUUCAGAGGAGGAAAAAAAUUCCUGUGAAGGAUUAAUUUCUCCAGAAGAAUGUUCUGAACUCUUGGAUAGCUUUCAGAGUAAUAAAUCCCCUGGAAAUGAUGGCAUUCCAGCUGAAUUCUAUAGAAAAUUUUGGCCUUUAAUAAGCGAAAGUUUUAUCAGGUGUGCAAAUGAAUGCUUCGAAAAAGGGGAAAUGUCAUGCUCACAAAAACAGGCUGUAAUUACUCUGCUUGAGAAAAGCGGAAAAGAUCGCACUCUCCUCGAAAACUGGCGGCCAAUAUCUCUUGUUAAUGUAGAUACGAAAAUUAUGUCCAAGGUGAUCGCAGCAAGGGUUAAAAAGGUGUUACCCAGUAUCAUUCACUACAACCAGACUGGUUAUGUUAAAGAUCGUUUCAUUGGUGAAGCAAUACGUUCUAUUUUCGAUAUUAUGGACUUCACAGCUAAGGAAAACAUCCCAGGUUUACUGCUGUUUAUAGAUUUUCAAAAAGCUUUUGAUAGUGUGGAAUGGGAAUUUCUCAUUGAGAGUCUUAAAAAGUUUAACUUUGGUCGAGAUUUCCUUCAAUGGGUGAAAACCUUUUAUAACAACAUUCAAAGCUGUGUUAUAAACAAUGGCGUUAGUUCUAACUUUUUUACUCUGGAACGCGGUGUUAGGCAGGGUGAUCCACUCUCUCCUUACUUAUUUAUAAUUGCUGUAGAAACUUUAGCAAUUGCUAUAAGGCAAAAAGAGUCAAUUAAAGGAAUCACAAUAAGAACUGAGGAAACUAAGCUUCUACAGUUUGCAGACGAUACAACCGCUGUGUUAGCUGACACAAGCUCGGCCGCAAGAUUAUUUGAACUACUUAACAAAUUCGAAAUUCUCUCUGGACUCAAGAUUAACUGUUCAAAAACUGAAGGUAUGUGGAUUGGAUCUAAGAGACAUUAUAAAGAAAAACCAUUCGGUAUUAAAUGGCCGGACGAGCCAAUAAAAGCUCUAGGUGUAUAUUUUACUUAUAACCAAAAAUUGCUUAAAGAAAAGAAUUUUAUAGAACGACUGGAUUCAAUUAAAAAACUUAUUAAUAUAUGGUCCGCUAGAGGCCUGUCGAUAUACGGUAAGGUGACAAUAAUCAAAUCUUUUCUUAUCCCUAAGUACAUUUACAUUUGUUCGAUCCUUCCAACUCCCAAGGAAUUACUAAAAGAAUUGAAUAAAAUACUGUUUAAAUUUCUCUGGAAAGGUGUAGAUAAGGUAACAAGAGCUUCAGUUAUAAACGAAUACGAAGAGGGAGGGCUAAGAAUGGUUGAUCUCGAGUGCAUGGUUAAGUCAUUGAGAUUAGCUUGGUUAAAACGUAUCUUCAGUGGGACUAAUGGAACUUGGAAAAGCUACCUACAACACAUACUGAGCUCCGUUGGGGGAUUGUUCUUUUUUAACUGCAACUACAAUAUCUCGGAUUACACAAUUCCUUCUCAAUUUUAUCAGGAACUUUUGUUAUGGUGGUCGCAAUUUCGUGAAACGUUUGCCACUGAGGAAGAUUGGAAAACGAUCAUCUGGAAUAACAAAGAAAUAAAAGUAGAAAACAAGCCGGUUUAUUAUAAACAUUAUGUUAAUGCGAGUGUCAUUUGCAUUCAGGAUCUUUUAUUUAGUCUGAACAGUACUGAUUCUUAUAAUCAACUGUCUAAAAAAAUAUGCAAAACAAAUAUUUUAGAAUGGGCUGGCUUACGCAGGUCCAUUCCAUUGUCGUUAAGAAGUUAUGACAGGUAUCCUUCCAUAAACUCACCAACAGUUGUGGUGGGUGACAAUAAUUUUGAUGUUACGAAAGGGAAAUCAAAGGAUUACUACAACCUACUCAUCAGAGAAAAAGCUAAACCGCCCAAUAUUAUUCAAAAAUUACAGAGUAACUUUAAUUUUAACAGCGACAAUCUGAAGCAAAUAUUUAAGCUGCCACACUCUAUCGCUGUCGAAUCGUAUGUUAAAGCCUUCCAGUACAAAGUAAUUAACUCAAUUCUUUACACAAAUACAAAGUUGUAUAAAAUAGGUUAUAGGACAAAU